GGAAAACUUUCCUGUAUGCCAAAGCGAGAGAGCAUGUCUUCUCUCUCUAGAUUUUGGACGGCACAACGCCGCUCGUGUAGCCUGGAAAGAAAUGAUGGACAAAAACCGGCCGUGAAGGGGUGAAGGGGAAACCGAUAUCCAUCGAACGACACACACUCAUGCAGCUGCAUGCAGAGUUCGCUAGGCUGAGUCUAUCCAUCUCUCUCGAUCUGCCAUGAUUCUUCUCCCAUCGCGCUCAUCUAGGACUUGUGAAUUUCUCUCUCUGUGCAUCGACGAGGCCAUCGCUCGCAUCCAGGCUUGAUGCUCUCACACAGAUUUGUUCUUCUAGCGUGUCAACAAGUGUCAAAACAUUGCAGAAAUUUCUAAAGCGUCAAGUGAAGCCAACAAGUGAAAAGUGAAUCUGUAGUUAUAAUCUGAAGCAAGCAUAAAAUGGAAGCAUCGUGUAUGAGUUCUCUGGAGACAUCAAAAAGAACCGGGCAAUUCUACCGCCGGCUUCAGAAGCGCACUGCUGAAGAAGAAGUGCUAGAGGAAGAAGAAUACAGCAGGAGCGGUGUGGAAAAUGAUUUGUCACACACCAACGGAGACAUCUCAAAGAAUGGUGCAGCUUUUUUCUUACCAACAGAAAUUGAUGUAAACUGCUUCAUAUCAAAUGGUUGUACAUUGUUCAUUAAAGGUAAACCGAUAUCUAAACCCGGAAGCGGAUUCAAGGAAGAAUACACCUCGGAUGCAGAUAAUGGUUUGACGGCGCUUGGCCCUAUCUUAGCAGUAAUCUUUUUGGAUCGUUUAUCAACUUUUAACGUGUCUUUCUUUUGUUCUUGUUUUCGCACUAGUUUGUUUGAUGCUGAUGAUGAUCGAGAAAGCACGACGGAAGAUGAUAUCUCGAAAGCACCGGGCACAUUUUGUUUUAUCGGCAGCGCUGCUGCCCCGAACGAUAACGGAGCCAGCGGAGGAGGGAGCGAUUGUCUGAUUGAUCCAUUCUCGCUUGCUGGUACCUUACGUGCGCGAGAAAACUGCGCGGACGGUUUUGCUGGGAGUCUUCCUGCUCCGGAUGAUGAAGGUAAGGACAACGAUGAUGCCGUCGCUGCCGAAACAACAUGA